AGACUUCAGUAAGUGGGUGGUGGUGCGCUUGCUUCGCGUGGCGGCGGCUCCAGACUGUGACAUCCUCCACGGGCGAGUUUCUGCCGUGUUGUGCUCUCUGCUCCACACCCUGAGAGCCAGAGCGCCUUUCAUCUGCAGCCGCCUCACUCAGGACCUCGUCUCCUUGUCCCAGGACCUCAGCAACGUCCUGUACGCUCACAUCUCCACCCUGUCAGGACAUGGGUAUUCUCUUGGUAUUCACACACUGAAACCAUGGCCUGUAACGCUCGAGUGCUUCAGUAUCUCCCCCCUCUGUUCCUCCCACUACCUCACCCCCUCUCCUCUCGUUCUGCCCUCUCCUGCCGCCCUGGAGUCGCUGACUGCGGUGGCGCUCGGUGUCGUAACGGACGCCCUGCGGGGAGUCGUCUCCCGUCAGGAUAUCAGUGUCGCCUGGGAGACGGCGUGUUCCUUCCUGGCUAACGGCAACACCAGGUUGAGGAAGAUCUCCAUGGUGAUGUUGAGUCGACUGGUGGAGCUUGGAGGGUUUCCUGAGAUGCGCGGCCACGAGUUCUUCACGGCUUACCUUCACCUGCUGGAAACGCACUCCUACACGUACUCGGCAAACUCAGAGGAGAAGGACCCGUACGCAGGAGAGCUGCUGCAGCUGACUCGCUGCGUGUUUCAGACGCCCGCCGUCUCUCACACACACUUUGAACCCAUCCAUCUCUCGCAGAUGUUCGAGUGUGUUUGUACUCUUGGAGGGUCGGAUGUGAAGUUGGGGGCAGAGGUUACCGAAUCGCUCUGCUUGCUGUUCGGCUUCUUGCUCUCCGGUGCAGUGGUUUAUGAAAGUGCUGCGUUGUUGCGACGGCAGCGAGUCACAGAGGUCUGCAGGACGCUGACACGCACCGUCGGAACGGAACAUCAGGCUGAAUGCGCAGAGGGGUUUCUCAAAGUAGCGCUGAAGGCUGAGGCCGCUGUCGUGGUGCAGAAGGCCGGAGAUGGAGAGACGGCAGCCAAGAAAUCCUGCAAAUCUGCCCCAAAGUUAAUGAGCAAAACAACCGAAACAUCAGCAGCCGAGGGGGACAUGCGCGCUGGCAGCGAUGUGUGGGCCGUGGUGAACUCUCGUCUGGAGGAGCUGCUCACCUUUCUGAUCUCUGACGGCCCCGAAACCAAACAGACCCUCUGCGCCCUCGAGGGUCUGGCCCUCAUCCUCCACCUGGCCGCCCUCUGCUCCGCGCCCACCAGCUCUUCUCCCCUCCUCUGGUUGCCAUCGGAGACUCUGGGCAGGUCCCUGAAGAGCUGUCAGGCGGUUUUAGAAAGAGGUCCUCUACCUGCCUCGAACCAGGACUACUUUCAGUCUGCUGUCCGGGCCACUGUGAGGGUCCUGGACUCUGUCCUCUACCUGACAAGUAAAUAUACACCCACAGAAACAAACAUUCCAGAUUCUUUGUUUGCUGUCCAUCCAUGA